GAUAAAAUUAAUACCGGUUUUUAGAUUAUCUGUGUGUACUAUCAAAUCCAAGCUUGAGCUUAAUAUUAUGCUUACUUGCAGCACUAGCCGGAAAUGCAACUUUUUUUUAAUACCAUACGUCAUCGAUGUCAAGUUAGCGUCUAGUAAAAUGGCGGCUGUGAUGGCGGCGGCGGAGAUUCAGAUAGUAAAUCCUUCAAAUUUAGCAAAAAUUGAGAGCUUUCUCAAUGAUCCAAGUUACAAAGAAAUUAUUGAGAACUCUUCAACAUUUAACUCCAGACUAUGUGCCGAAAGAAGAAUGCGAAUGCCAUUCAUCGACACCCAAACGGGUGUCGCACAGAGCCAUUGCAACUUGUUCAUGACAAGAAAACAGCGCAUGCCUGGCGCGAAAGAGGGGCAAGUCUACACAUAUCCUGCACAAAGAUGGCGCAAAGCCCGCCGCCAGUACCUCACAAUGUCGUCAACCCGGUGGGGUUGGAGCGGCGCAACGGAUACCGCGGACACCACAGGGGAAGGCGAGAACAGUUCCGGCAUACCGGGCGACUCGCUGGCCGGGGAGGACAGUCGAGACGGCUCGCAGACUGCCGCCAAAGAUGACCCUAAGGAAUGGUUCUACGACGAGCUAGCGAUGGAAGAGAUGGAGACAGGCGAGGAGCCGGAAGCGGAGUCCGAUGAAGACUACUACGACGACACCUAUGCCAACCGCCGCCGCAAACGAGGGGGCGCAGCGCUCACCGGCCCGGGCUCCCGCGGCGGCCGCACGCGCAAGUCCCAGCCUGACGACACGCCCGCCAAGCGGGGCCGCGCGGGCCGCGGUAGGAAACGCGCAGGGCAAGGCACACUCCCCUACGAGACAACAGGCGACUCGGAAAAGCCAUUCGGCUGCGAACUGUGCGGAGCUAAAUACAAGACGCGAGCCGGUCUCACUUACCACUUCACGCACACGCACAAGGACCCGCCGAGCGGCAGUGCCGGUGCCGCGGCUGGCAGUGACGGCGACUCGCGAGACAGCCGCGGCGGCGCCCACACGCCGCCGGCGGUCGCGGCGGCCCCAUCGGCGGUCGGCGGCCCGGCUCAACCCGCGACAGAAUACCAAGAUAGCUACGUGACGUUUCUGAACAACCCCGGAGUUGGUGCUGCCACGGCGCCGGCCCCGGCGCCGGUCCGGCGCGCGUCGCCGCCGCCUCGGCCGGCGUCGGCCGACACGUCAUCGUCGGACUCAGCGCACGCGCCGCUCGUGCCUCCCGCCGCCGCGGCUCCGGCGCCGCCGCCGCUGCCGGAGCUGAAGGAGCCGGCGACUAAGGUAUACCUGUUUUCUUUGCAUGAACUAACUUUUUUUUAUCGGACGAUUUUAUCUGUUCGUGCCGUCGUCUGUACAUUUGACAGAAUACUUCAACGCCUCAUCUCAUUCCAGGCGUCACCAUCACCCUACUGCGACUUCUGCCUCGGCGACGACCGCGAGAACAAAAAGACGGGAACGCCCGAACAGCUCGUCAGCUGCUCCGACUGCGGCCGAUCAGGGCACCCCACCUGCCUGCAAUUCACCGCGAAUAUGAUGGUGUCGGUAUGCAAGUACCGCUGGCAAUGCAUCGAGUGCAAGUGUUGUUCGCUCUGCGGAAACAGCGACAACGACGAUCAGCUGCUGUUCUGCGACGACUGCGACCGCGGCUACCACAUGUACUGCCUGGCGCCGCCGCUCGAGACGCCGCCCGAGGGCUCCUGGUCGUGCGCGCUGUGCAUCAAGCAGUUCCACUGCAAGGACUAGGUUGUAAACAAGAUUCGGAGAAGAAAGAGACGGCAAAAAAGGUACAAUACGUACGCCCGGUGUUUCUCGUCAUUUGGUGUUAAGACUCGUAAGUCCAGGUGUAAACACUGACUUGAUGUAAAUUGUUGCCAUAGUUUAUAGAUUGGUGUUAAAACCGUGUACAUACUGACAAAUCAUGAUAUUUUACUAUAUUUCACUUUACUUAUACCACAGUAUUUUGACAAAGGGAGAGUAUAUUAUUUGUUAAAAUACUGUACACAUUUCGUCUUAGAUCGUAAUAGAUUUAGUAUUUUAGUCAGUGUGUACUCGGCCUUAGCUAUUUCUAUGUAAAGGUCUGCUCACACAGUCGUAUGGACUUAGACCAUUUUCAACUCUCGUAAAAACUUCAAUCUUUUCUAAAACUUACUUUAAAAAACAAAAAGGAAAACCAAAAACAUCCCACAGACUACACUUUUAAUCGGCCGAUAGUUUUGUCCGGCUGUUGAGCAAUAUGAACAUGUAUGGAAGUGCGCACAUUAUACCGAUUUAGUAUCGGCCGAUUCCUCAUACAAAUUGAAAGCCGACGUGAUCAAUGAAAAAAGUCGCAUUUGUCCACCUGGAUGAAUUAAUUCCUAGGUGAACAAAGGCGACCACUUUAGUCGAACCAAUCACCUGGGUGAUAUCACUUGGACGAAAUGGUUCCACAUGUUUUUGUGUACGGUCACGGAAUGAAAAGGUUCGUCAGUUUUCAAAUUGAUUCCUUCAAGGAAUCGCGAGCACAUAUUACCUUUUGAAACUAUGUUACAGAAUAAUCUCGAGUUAGAGAAAAUAAUCUUUAACUGUUCGUCAGUAAAGUUCAAAAUUAUUCAGAUCAAAGUUGUUUGACGAUUUAACUUGUCAAGAAGAUUAUUAUGAUUGAUAAACUAAAACCUUCUUGUUGGUUCAACCUGCCAUUAUCUAUUAAAUAAAAAAACUACAUUUGUAACAUUGCACUGAUGGGAUAGAAAAAUAAACAAGCAAAACCUUAUUCGUUAGCAAACGUCAUAUUUAUUUAAAUGUUAGCAGCAAUGUUUCUUGCACGGUUAUGUUGGCAGGUUUGACUCUUACAGUACCUAGUGCAAGCGAAAACCGACACUAAGGUGACGAACCUUUUCAUUCCGCGACUGUACAUAACAUUAUGUUCUAAGCCUAGGCUAGCUACACCUAGCACCGAUUUGGUAUCCGAUUAUCAUACAUUGGAAGCUGCCUAAACUAUCGGCCGUCUAAGCCUAGCCGCAGACUACAGACUUAAUCGGCCGAUAUUUUGGUUGAGCUGUUGAUCAGUAUGCACCUGUAUUACGUACACACAUUACACCUUUUUGGUACGACCGAUUCCUUAUAAAAAUUGGAAGCCGACUUGAUCAAUGAAAAAAGUCGCAUCUGUUCAUCUGGAUGAAUCCUAUCCUAGGUAAACAAAGGCGACCACUUUAGUCGAACCAAUUCACCUGGGUGAUAUCACGGUGAAAUGGUUCCGAGGACACUAAUAAAUCCACUUUGUUCACUCAGGUGAUAUCACCGGAUAACCCAUAGUGAAAUAAUUCAAACUAUCGGCCGACUAAAUCUUUCUGUAAUGUGCGGAAUGUCUAACUAAAGAACACGUGUUUUCGUGUACAUAACAUCUUGUUCUAAGCCUAGCCGCAGACUACAAGUCGGCUGAUAGUCGGGCUGUUAAUCAAUAUGGACAUUGGACAAUGUAUGAAAGUGCGCACAUUGGUGUCGGUCGAUUCUUCAUACAAAUCAGAAUCGGGCCCAACUAUCGGCCGACUAAAAGUAUGUAACUAGAGAACGUAUUUUUGUGUACAUAACUACAUAACAUCAUGUUCUAAGUCCAUACAACUUGUAUAAGACACUGUAUGUAAGUUCACGGUACCGCAGGCCGCGUGUGUAUAGCGUUCCUUCUACCUCUACCGGUGCUUGCUUUAUACUUCUUUACUAUCGGACCGGCACGAAAUAUCGCAUCUUAUAGUUGAUAAACAAUCCUGAUAAACGUCUAGUGCUUAACUCAGUGAGUGCCCGAGGUGUGGGAGCGGCACGGGAGGGGUGACCUUGACAUAUUGUGACGUAACAAAGCAUAAAGUACGGCCAACUAGCAGCGAUACAAAAGGUCGAUACGACUGUCGAGUUGACAAUCUAUUCUGUCUCUUCCCAUCUUGUGUAUUUGUCGUAAUGUCUCGUUCUCCCGCCAAAAUAUGUCAAAGUUAGACGGGUUCGUCA